CUUGGUGUCAGUCACUCAAGUCAGUCCCCACUUCAUUCUUCUUUCUCCUUCUACUAGUUGCUUCUGUCCGGAUCUCGAUACUUCCAUUUUCCGCAUAAUUUUUUUUUUUUUACUUUUCUCUGUAUCUGUGUUUAUCUGGAGCUUGUGAAUCGCUGGAUUGAACUGAGAAAGCUGUGCAAUUCUGAAGUGGAAAAUGGACGGAGUUCAUGAGGCUACGGUGGCGGGGAAUUUGACGUCACCGCCUUUUCUGAACAAGACGUAUGAUAUGGUGGAUGAUCCAUCGACGGAUUCUGUUGUGUCAUGGAGUAAGAGUAACAAUAGCUUUGUUGUUUUGAAUGUGCCGGAGUUUGCUAGAGAUAUUUUGCCCAAGUAUUUCAAGCACAACAACUUCUCCAGCUUCGUCAGGCAGUUGAAUACUUAUGGUUUCAGGAAAGUUGAUCCAGACCGCUGGGAAUUUGCGAACGAGGGAUUUCUUAGAGGCUACAAACACCUAUUGAAGAGUAUAAGCAGGCGAAAACCCUCUCAGUUGCAGGGCCAUCAACAAACCACCUCCAAAGUACCAAAUGCAUCUGUUGCAUCCUGUGUUGAAGUUGGAAAGUUUGGAAUAGAGGAAGAAGUGGAAAGGCUUAAAAGAGAUAAGGAUGUCCUUAUGCAGGAGCUAGUUAAGUUGAGACAGCAGCAGCAGGAGACAGAUCACCAAUUGGUGAUUGUUGGGCAGCGCGUUCAAUUAAUGGAGAGCAGGCAACAACAAAUGAUGGCGUUCCUUGCCAAGGCCAUGCAGAGCCCUGGCUUUGUAGCUCAACUAGUACAUCAACAGAAUGGCAAUAACAGGCAUAUUACUGGGCUGAAUAAGAAAAGGAGACUUCCUGAACAGGCUGAAGAAAAUGUUGCGUGCAAGCCUGUCAAUGCUUUGCAAGAUGGACAGGUAGUCAGGUAUCAACCUUCAAUGACGGAAGCUGCAAAAGCGUUGCUGCAGCAGAUUUUGAGAAUAAAUGCAUCUGGGAGGCUGGACAACCGAUUAAACACAAAUGGCGGCUGUUUGACUAAUAAUCCCCUCCCGCCUAAAAAUUCUCUAGGCAGUAGCGGUGCAUCCAGUUGUAUUUCCAGUGUUACCCUCUCCAAAGUACUGUCAACUUCUUCACAGCCUAAUCCAAUAUCAGAUUCUGGAUUUCCAUUCAACUCUUGUUCAUCCAUCAUAUCUGAGACCCAAUCAUCCACUACUGUGGUUCCUGGGGAGGCCAACAUUCCCAUAUUACCUGAAGCUGAUGCAUUGAACUCUCAGACAGUCCAUGAUUUGCCUGAAUUUUCUCAUACUCUUGGAGUAACUGACCUUAAUAUGUCUGAGACUGGAAAUGUACCAGAUAUGGACACAACGAAAUGUAUUUUGGAUGAUUUAACAAUGAUUGUCUCUGAUGAAUUUUCGGCUAACACAGAUGGGGAUGUUUUGCUGGAUGAUAUGCCUAAGCUUCCAGCGAUUAAUGAUAUUUUCUGGGACCAGAUUCUCUCUGCAACCCCUGCAAGCCCUCUCACUGGGGAUACGGAUGAGAUUGGUUCCUUAGUCGUGGAAGAGGAUUUCCUUGGAGUUCAGGAGAGUGAUUGGGAUAAAUUAAAGCAUAUGCAUAAUCUUACCGAACAGAUGGGGCUACUAUCAUCGGCUGCCCAAAUUUGAUGAUUGCAUGUAUUCUUUUGAAAGCUUGCACUGACGCAGGUAGGGUAUUCUGAAUUAUUGUGCUACUGCCUUGAGCACGACUGCUGAAGUGUGGUGAACUUCUAGAGGAUGUAGAGCAAUGAACUCCCCCCCAUGUGGUAAUAUUUUGUCAGGUGGAUGCUCUGAACUGGUUCGCAUUAAGAAGCUCCUCUUGAAAGACUGUUCUUUAACUACUAAUAAUAUGAUGCUCUGUGUAGCCGGUAGCGAAAAGGCGAUCCCAAAAGACUAGUUUGAUGUAUUUUUUUCGGACUUUUUGUGUGUACAUUUAUCUGGCACAAUGGGUUAGUUAAAAAAGAAUAGUAAAAUGUUCUUUUACUUAUUAAGAAAUUGAAGAAGGGAUGUAAACAAGUUGUUGCAAAGGAUCUGUGUGUAACUUUUAUUGUUUACAAAAUGCAACGAUUUCUAUGGAAGAUGCAAGCAAUAUGAAUGGACUUUAUUCUGAGGCUUAGAUAUUUCAA